AACUCGUUUUAUGCUUUCAAUCAGUAAGAUUGAUACAAACUCUGUGGACCAGUUCGGGCACUCGUUGAACUUUAUAGAAAGAAGACGACGCUGUCGCGGAUGUAUUUUUUAUUCGCCGAUAUUCAUUCCAUGCUGAGUGAAGAGGUUCACUGGCUGACUUUCUUCGUGUUGCUAUUGUCGUAUGCUGCAGCGGACUCAGGUUUUCCAAUGCCUCAGCUAGUAGCAGUAAUAGUGCUAGUUGGACUUACUCGGGCAGGAAUAGUCUCCUCAUCGGCUGCCACUGUGUCCGGUGCGAAUCCUGCGAUAUGGGAGGGUCCUACUGUCCUAACAAUGGACAGUGCUGGUCCCAUCCCAUAAGACUUCUUGGGUUCGAAGUUAUGCCGAUGUGGCCAAUACCAUUGGGCACAGCGUAGGAGCUGGCG